AUGAAAGAACAUACAAAGGAUGUCCUUGUGAUUUAUGAACAAGAAGCAGAAGAGUGGGCUCUGUAUUUAAAAUCUCUCUUCAGACACAUACUGAAUGAAGAAGGAAUCUUACUGUAUAGUCUUGACACUUCAUCUGUCAAGCACCUGGAAUUAUUUUCUUUAUCCUGUUAUAAAUGUAAACUACUGAUACUAUCCUGUGGACUUCUUAAAAGUCUGAAUCAAAAAAGAGGUUAUUUUCUUGAGCAAAUUCUCAAACCUCCAGAUGAUGUGGUGAUUUUGCUUUGUGGAGUGGAGAAUUCAGACGUUCUUUAUGACAUACUGACUCUAGAUGGAGGCAGCAAAGAAAUCUCUACUGAUCAAGAACCUGAGGAAUAUCUCUCUAUUGUUACUGGAAUUAUUCAAUCAGGAAAACCACAGAAAAAAAGCCUGGAAGACUCUCUAUCUUAUGUAUAUGAAGCAGUUCUUGCAGAUGAUUACCAGAAUAACACUGAUGUUAACUCGUCCAAUAUGAGAAGAGCUUCAGAAGAAACUGAUCUUUUUUUGGAAACGGAGCAUGUUUCUGAAACAUUAGAAACUAACCAGCAAUCAGCACUGGUGCUACCAGCUAAGAUAUCAUGUGAAAACCCUGGUGAAAUAUUUAUUUUAUUGAAAGAUGAAGUUGAUGAUGAAACCUUAGAAAUUGAAUUCAUAGCAGACAAUCAACGAAUUAGGACACAUCCAGCCUCUUGGAAUCAGAAGGUCAAGUUUGUGAAAGCCUUAGAUUUUCCUGCUGGCCCUGUAUAUGUAAAUGUCUACUGCGGGGGAGUUAUUAAGGCCACAGCGCAGAUUGAAUACUAUACUGAACUAGGGGAGAUUGAGAACAUUCUCCAAAAAGUGGCUGACCCAAUAGCUUUUGCUUGUCAGGCUUUUGAAUUCUCUUCUAUAGAGAAGCUGGACAAUGUUUUGACUUUGCUACUGAAAAUCAAGAUGUCUGCUUAUGAAUUCAGCACAUUCCAAAGUGAAGAGCACCAUCAACAAGCCAAUAGCCAUUUGGACGAACUUCCCACUCUCCUUCACUGUGCAGCCAAAUUUGGGUUAAAGAACCUUACUGCUCUUCUGCUCCGGUGUCCCCAGGCCACUCAGGCUUGCAGCAAAACCAACAAAGAUGGACACAAUCCAGCAGGUAUUGCUGAGAAGCACGGUCACAAGGAACUACAAAAGUUAAUCACAGAUUUUUUGACUAGUACGGCAGAUAACUUCACCAGUUGUGAGGAGGAAGUGGAAGAGGAUGACACUUACGUCCUUAUGUUGGGCUCCGAUACUGAACCAGCCAGUUUAUUAAAAGCCAAGCAGAGCCCAGGGGAUCAGCGUGGAGUUGGAUCGAGAUGCCAAAGAAAAGCUGAGGUGGAUGAAGAAAAGAAAGAUGAUGCAGAAGAUAACGGAGAAGACACAAAGAUAGAACAUGAAGAUAAAGUAGAGGGAGGUUCACAGAGCUGUGACAACAAUUCUGACAGUUUGUACGCCAACAUAUGUGAUCAGGAUCCUGGAGAGAGCCUAAGACGCUCUUUUUUCUGUAAAAGGCCACCCCUUCUUCCCCGUCGAAAUCUGGCUGGCCCCGUCAGACAGGAUGAUCUGCACAAUUUUUCACAAGAGAGGAAAUUGGUGGAAGACAGAAGUGAAAGAGAUCAUGGUGACAGAGACUUAGCAACAUGCCACGGAGGAGACCAAGAUACGUGUGAGGAAGAGGAGGAGGAAGACCCGUACAGUUCUGCGAGGCUGGACGAGUGCGUGUACGAUAUGAUCCUGGCUGAGGAGGAGAGGAGGGCAGAGUGCAGGUCGUUCAUUGUGAACAGGCCUCCGGCUCCCACCCCUCGCCCUGUGUGCUGGCCGUGCAGAGAGGAGAACACUCCCUACAUAGUACAAGUGUUUCAACAAAAGGCCACUAGAUCACCCAGUGACCAAGAUAAGCUGUAUUGCAAUGCCAGGAAGCAAGCACCCAGAGGCUACACGGACAUGGUGACUUACAGCACUUUGCAACACAGCAUCCCACCUGAACAAGAUCAUCUGAUCCAUUUGCAGGAAAAGGUGAAAAAGGGGGCAAUUUCUGUGGAUGAAGCACUUGAAAGAUUUAGACAAUGGCAGAAUGAAAAAAGCCGACUCCCCUCUACUCAGCAGGUGGGAGACCAAAUGUUCACUGUCUCUUGA